GAUGUAUCAACGGACAUGAAGUGUGAGGCUUAGACUAAACAUUAGGAUUUGGUUGAUUCAAUUGACCAGUUCUUAAAGUUGGUUUGGGGCAGCAACUCCUCGGCGAAACGAAUGAGAUCGCGUACCAUGAAUUCCUUCUGAGCUAAAAUACUCGUGAUUUUAGGUUUUGGAGGGAGGGAUGGCCGCGGCGGCGCACACGGCGAUGGCGUUGCGAGGCAAGAUGGUGUACGAGCUCUACAGGGCGAUCACCCACGUGGCGGGGCCGAUCAUAUUCGCCCACAUACAGUGGCGGAGGCUGCGCGGCCUUGAGCACCCUACCCGGUGGCCGGAACGCUUCGGUCGCUCUUCAUCGCCUCGCCCUCCCGGCCCUCUCCUCUGGUUUCACGCUGUCUCUCUAGGCGAAGGAUUGGCCGCGAUCCCCAUGAUCAAGCACUGUGUUCGUGUGCAACCCAAUUUCGUCGUCUUGAUGACGAGCACAACGACAUCGGCUUUUGAAGUCAUCAAGGACCAGCUACCAGAUGGUGUCAUAUAUCAGCUUGCCCCUCUUGAUUCUCCUACCGCAGUGGGUAAGUUUCUGGGAUACUGGGACCCUGUUGCUGUCUUUCUUAUGGAAAGUGAACUAUGGCCCAACCUCAUCAUAUCUGCUGCAGAGAAAGGAAUUCCAGUGGCGUUAUUAAAUGCUAGGAUGUCGUGCAAGUCUUUUAAGCGUUGGUCAAGAACAUUAGCACUGCCUCUAAUUUCCUUGAUGCUGUCAAAAAUAUCUUUGAUUGCCCCACUGAGCACACUUCAGGCCAUCCAUUUUCAAUUGCUGCAUGCAUCACCACAUAUCAUCCAUUUUGCUGGUGAUUUGAAAUAUGCUGUAGGAGAUCUCAAUGUCCUCGAGGAAGACAUUAGGAAAAUAAAGGAUCUUCAACUACAACUCGCCAGUAGGCCUGUUUGGAUGGCAGCAUCUAUACACGAGGGUGAAGAAGAAGUCAUGCUUUGGGUUCACAAAGAAUUAAUCAAGAUGCACACCGACCUGGUUAUGAUUCUGGUUACAAGGCAUCCACGACAUGGACAACAACUUGCACUAGCAUUAAAGAAACAAGGGAUGAAUGUUUCAUUGAGGUCUAGAAGUGAAACAAUUUCUUGUAGCACUAGUAUAUAUGUGGUGGACACUUUGGGUGAACUUAGGACACUUUAUAGGAUAACUCCAAUUGCUGUGAUUGGAGGUUCUUUUUUGCCUUGUUUAGCUGGUCAUAAUGUUGCUGAGGCUGCUGCAGCUGGUUGUGCUGUUUUAACAGGUCCUUAUGUUGGACAUUUCUCGCAUAUGUUAGCUGGAAUGAUACAAGCAGCUAGUUCAUCAGUCCAGCAGGUUGCAGAUAAAGCUGAACUAUUAGAAGCACUGAAAAAGCUGCUUACCGAUAAAAAGUCUUUGGAAGCACACUGCAGGGCUGCAAAAUAUGCAUUUUCAACUGUUUCAAAGGGAGUUGUGGAAAAUGUCUGGAAACUUGUAUGUACAUUUGUUCUUAAACAGUCCAUAGGAAAAUCAGAUGAAGGUUGAUCAAUGGCUUGUUCUUUGUUGAACUUGACUCUCACGAUUCGAUUGUACAGAACAAUUUUGUGGAAUAGGUGGAAGACGAUCAAUAUCUUCUCCAAGUGGUUUAUUGUGAUUGUUCCUUUUGCUUUCUGCUAGUGUCAGCAACCAAUCAGGGCUUCCUGUACUUCUGAUCCGCAGAGAAGAAGCUGCUAUUCGUGUACUGCUUUCACAAUGUACAAGUUGGUGUAUUUGUUUGGCCCAGAGUAGAUGUUGGUCUCGUCGCUGAACAAUGGAGAUUUUACCUCUUACAAAAUCUCAACUAUUACAAGAAUGAUGAUGUGCGACAGCGUUUUUUACUAUGACAGGUUCAUGGGUUUCAAACAUUAGCAAAAAGUUUAUAGGUCUUGGCAUCCAGAACGAUCUGCCGCACUGCAGAAAUGGAACCCAGCACUGACAGUAUCGAGAAUACUAUGGCUAUGGUGGUGUUCAACCAAAAAAGCAGGCCUCUCUUUGAAGGUUUGAAGGUGAUGUUGUACAUAACUGAUGGCACUGCAAAAUCAAGGGGCAGGAACCCAAAAGCACCAAUGGCUGCAUUGAAGGCACCAAAGAAAGGGAGCAUCGCUGCUAUGAGAGUUGCUAUGGCGAUGGAUAGUGACCGGAAGAUGAGCCUUGGCACAAUGUUCCGAGCAGAGUAUUGAUCCUUGGUUGGGUCAGCAAACAACCCCUCAAGUAUCUCAUUUGAUGGCUGCAAGUAUACCUGUGUGAAUCAAUAGGAGCUUUGGAUCAGCUAGAUGAUUGGCAGGCAUACUUCAAUAUGUUCUUUAGUUUACUGAACAUUCCAAGUUUCAGAACAAAUUUAUAAAGGGAAGCUCAUAGAAGUUUCUGUUCUUACCACUCCUACAGCGGCUAGUUGGAGAAGAAUAAACAAAUUGGUCAUCACGAGGAACCACUUUGGAACUAAAGUUGAGCUGUUCUUCAGAAUGAAGUUGGCAAGGAUGGAGCCUUCAGCUUGGUUGCCGAAUGCCCAGUACCCCGAUAUCGCCACGCUGAAGAAUGUCAUUAUCACGAUCGCGUAGCUGAGACAAAGGCCUUUGAACAUCUUUCCUGUUACAGGUCGAGCUGCUGUUGCCUGGCAAGAUUGUGCAAGAAAAACAACAGAUGAAGGUUCUACCGAAUAGUUGUCACUCUCAUCUCGUUCACCAGUGUCUACAGUGCAAAAGGAAGAACAGACCUGUAUCUCUGGAAUGAUACCAUUGCCGUAGGUGGUUGCGAUGAUUGCAAUGCCACUGAAUAUGCCGAAGAUACGGUCUUGGCUAUCACUUGAAAGAGAGUAGUCUCUCGGUGGUGCGCCAGCCGAGUGUCCUGUCAUCAAUUCAAGUGGCACAUGCACUGUACGCCAAGCAGAGCAUUAGAGAGAUGAGGUUGACAUGCCUGAGGGAGUGGAAGGAGGGGAUCUGCGCCAGGACCAUCAUGAAUACCCCGAAGAUGGCCACGAACUCAUAAAAUUUCAUCGUGCCUUCCGGCCUUGCAAUCAGGUAUAUGGACUGUAAAAGCUUAGUUUAAUUUAGUUCUUCUAGUCAACGAAUAAUUAGUUUGAUAGGCUGCAGGAGGUGAAUUGAGCCAAUAAAAAUUUUGAUUUAAUUCGUCGCAACAAA